AUGAACCAUAUGGCCCCCCCUUCGCCUUCGUCUCAUACUUUGCGCACCUCCGAUAGAAAACGCUCACAGACGCCGCCACCAUCUCCUACUCGCGAGCCCAGCCAUGUUCCAUCACCACGCCAGAUAGCGGAUAGCGAUCUCGACCUUGCUGAAGGACCAGAUCAUGCGCCCGCACGUCCAGAGACACCACCCUCUUCUGUGGACCAGAAGACGUCUUCAGCGGCAUCUGACCCAAGCACGAGCCUCGGCAAGCAUACGCGUUCGUGCGACCAUUGUGGACGGUCAUCUCUGGGCUCCGGUUCAACGGUUGGCAACGUGGAGGAUCUUGCGCACGACGAGAACUGUAACGUUUGUUAUGUCCAAAAGUCCGACCCGGACCCGGAUGGAAAGAUUCAUCUGCAAUACUUCAACUGCGCCAAGGUGAAACUCGAGAUAGUCAAGGUCGAUGUCAAGAGCGGCAAUGAGGACUAUCUCAAGUUCGCAAAAGCCACCCCUGAUGGUCGGCGACAAUGGCGCUGCGUCUACGAAACGAUGGUGGAUGGUCAUCCCGGUCGGUGCAAUUUCGAGUCAAGGAAGCACCUUGUCAAACGUCAUGUCGAGUCGAUGCAUAUGAAUAUCAAGUACGUAUUGCUUGCCACCUUGGCCCGCAGACACUGA